CCGCUUCUUCUAUUAGAGUUUCGGUAAGUUAUUGAAAAAUUACAAAAGGGCACAGGACGACAACCACACUUUGAGCCCUUUUGUGCACUUUCCCAAAUUAAUUCAAAGCCAGUUAUGAAUUUGGAGCAAGACCGGCCAUUCGUUUGCAAUGCUCCAGGUUGUGCACAGAGAUUUCCAACAGAGGAUCACCUGAUGAUUCACAGGCAUAAGCAUGAGAUGACUUUGAAGUUUCCAGCAAUAAAAACAGAUAAUAUUUUAUCAGACCAGACUCCCACUCCUACUCGAUUUCUGAAGAACUGUGAAGAAGUUGGACUCUUUAAUGAGCUGGCAUGUUCCUUAGAGCAGGAGUUUCGGAAAGCACAGGAGGAGGAAGAUAAUAAAAGGGCGUCAGUGGGUUUGAGCAUUUCCAAUCUCAGUGAGAUACAGAGCAAAGAGACAUCAAUUACUGACAGUUCAACACAAGCAUCAACUUUAUCCCGGACAGUGUCUGCAACCCGAUCUGAAAAGACCUUAUCAGUGCAUGGGUCAGUGCAAGGGCCUAUGUCAGGAUCAGCAUCUCAUCUGCUUGCCACCACUAGGAUGCCAAACCAUGACAGUGGAGUAGUAAUCCAGCAAGCCAUGCCUUCGCCAACAUCCAGCUCAGUCAUCACACAAGCACCUUCUACCAACAGGCAAAUAGGGCCUGUCCCAGGGUCUCUAUCUUCAUUACUGCAUCUCCACAACAGACAAAGGCAGCCCAUGCCAGGCUCCAUGCCUGGCAACCUCCCCAAUUCCACAAUGCCAGUAUCUUCUGCAGUAUUGAUGCCUAUGGACAGACAAUUAUCCAUGAGCUCUAAUAUCAUGGGAAUGCCAGGCCCUUCUCUAAAUAAUCAGUGCACUCCUCCUCAAGUCCAACAAAUGCAUUCAGAAGCCAAAAUGAGGCUUAAAGCAGCUCUGAGUCAGCACCCUACGGCUUUGUCAAAUGGAAAUAUGAACAUGAUGGGUCAAGUAAUGGAGAUGAUGACAUCCAGGCAGGAGCAGGCACCUCAGCCACACCAUCACAUGCACUCACAUCAGCAUCAGCCGCCUCCUCAUCAUCCUUUCACACAUCAACAGCCACCACACCCACAUCAGCAUCAUUCUCACCAUCACCAGCAAAACCACCCCCAUUCUCAUCCACACCUACACACACACCCACCACAACAUCAGACCCCACCGCUCCAGCCUCUAACCACCGGAACACAAAGUCAGGUCUCACCUGGAGCACAGCAGAUGCAGUCUCCACAGUCAGGGCACCCAACUCCAACUAGUGGAGGCCGCAGGAGAAGGGUUGUAGAUGAAGAUCCUGAUGAAAGGCGGAGGAAGUUUCUGGAAAGAAAUCGCGCAGCAGCAACACGCUGCAGACAGAAGAGAAAAGUGUGGGUGUUGUCACUGGAAAAAAAAGCAGAGGAACUCACACAAACCAAUAUGCAACUUCAGAAUGAGGUCUCCCUCUUGAAGAAUGAGGUGACACAGCUGAAGCAAUUGUUGUUGACGCAUAAAGAUUGUCCAAUCACAACAAUGCAAGAGGAGACACAAAACUACCUGAGUCCUGAGAACAGCCAACCAGGAAGUCCCAUUCCUGCUUGCUCGCAACAGCAAGUCAUCCAGCACAAUUCAAUUAGCACUUCGACUGCUGUCAAUGAGGUUGUAGGGAGUUCCACUCUCACCCAGCUCACCAAGCAGAGAACAGACCUGAACCCUCUGCUCUAAAUACUGUCUUCCAUCAGGAAUGUGCUGGCAGAGAAAAUAAAAUCUUUCACUCCGUUCAGGACUUUCGGAACAUCAACAUAACCUUGGAAAUAGAUAUAAUUUUGAAAAAAAAAAGACAAAUUGCUUUUCAUUUUAAUAGUUAUCAAAAUGCUCAUUUUUUUUACUUUAGUUAUGAAAAAAGGGAAAUAUGCAAUUAACAUGCUAAUAGCUUGGGAAUGCUUUGAUGCUUUUCUCAUAACUUGCUGGUACCAAUUUGAAGGUUCUGCUAAAACAAAAAUCUUGAACUUUUUGAAUUUUAUUACAAUAUAUUUGUAUAUAGUCUUCAUCUAUUAUCACCGGCAAGAUCUAGGGAUCUAACAUGAUCUGCAGGUUAGCAACUACAUUGAGGCACCAAACAGUAUGGCCAUCACUAAAGGGAAGCUUCCAAAGUAUACUAUAGUCAUAUCCCAUAAUGCAGCCUCUAUUUCUUAAAAUUGUUUAUUUGCACUGAAAAAUCAAACAUUAUAAAUUGAGAUUAAAGAUGAGUUAAUAUGAUCAGCACAACAUGUUGAAAUUUACAUGAUUUCAAUAUUGAGAAACAAGAUAUCAUUUGAACUCCCUUCUCAAUAUGAGCCAUUAUGAUGAAUAUACUGUCGGUUGUAAUUUUCAUCUUAUUCUAUUUUCCAGACAUAAUUCCUCCACUAUAUAUGGGUUUUUGGUUAUCUAGCACCAUCUUUUAAGAUUCACUGUAAGAAUGAUCUCAUAAGCAUCACCGCAUGGUGUUUAGAUACAUCUUGUUAACUCAAAGUCAUGACAUUAGGUUCAUAGGUCAUACAUGCAGGCUACAACUGUAGUGAUUAUACAAUCACUAGUUUGUCUGAGCAAAAUCUGUUUCCUGAAUCUUUCUGAUAUGUAUUUUGGUAAGAGAAUGCGGACAGAUAGACCCAGUUAUGUCAUGUAUCCGUUUUUUCUUCAAACUGAAAACUAUGUACAAAGCCAAUUAGUUAUGAUUUUUCUUAAACCAUCCCUAUUUAUUUGAAGCAACAAGAAACAAUCUAAAAUAGUUGUCUUGAAAGUAUUAAUGCCUUUUGAGAUUAAAGUCCAGUAAUUAAGAAUUAAGCAUUUCGGUAUUACUCAGAAACAAUAGUGAGAAGAGACAUUUUUCAACAAUUUAAAGGGUUCAUUGAAUGGAUGAUCAAUUGCACCUUUAAUUCAACCUUUAUUUAUUAAUGAAAGCAACAGCUCACUAAUGUUAAAUUUGCCUUGACUGCCUCAGUAAUAAUAAGCUCUGUCUCACGAAGGCUGGACCCACUUUCUAUGACCUAACCUGGAGCAACAUUGUAAGUGAUUUAAAGCCUAUUUUAGAAACUCUUUAGAUGUGGACCAAUUAUGGCACAACACUGAAAGAAUGGUAGUAGAUUCUGCAGUCGUGGACUCACGGCAAGGAACAACACUUACAGGCAGUGCAAUUGAGAAAAUUAUGGGUCUACACCCUUACUUUAACUUAAUGCCUCCUCUUGUUAGGAGUGCACAAUCAAUUUUAAUCCAGAGUGAGCAGGCACCUAGGAGGGAUUUAUUGUGAUUGGCCAAAAGUAUUACACUCCACCAAGAACAUUUUAUAUCGCAUGCCUCAUUUAAAUUAAGUCUUCCACGUUUUGCUGAGCUCAAUAGGCACCUGAUCUCCCACCAAACCUGGCAGAGUGACAGCUGGGUACAGGAGGGAGCAGAACAUGAAAUGGUACCUCUCCACUUUAACUUCUCUGCUACUCCAUGACCAUAAAACAGAACAAGUUAAAUUUCCCCAAGGAAAUUGUUGUACCUUCUCCCUGUGACAUUUUGAUGAGUGCACUCUGCCUCUGGAGGAUGGACAUGAGCCCUUCAGCCUUUUUCUGUUGACCUUAUUUUUUUUAAAAAAAUCCAUCUCCAUAUUUGGUGAAAAUUAUCUCUCUGCCAAGAAGUGAAAAAUCAAGUCUGGAAAGUUAAAAUCUAGGCACCAAUUUGUAUUCAUGACUUUUCAGCUAUCUUACAGCAAAUACUCAAGUAUAAAUAGUGUGUUUUCGUAAGAUUAUAGUGAAAUGUCCACUUCUUGGCAUUUGAAUUAACAUUGCAAACCAGAGACUCAUAUGAGUCCGCAAUGCAAAUUUCCACCCAUCCCCUACAGGGAAGAAAAAACUUCACACAUGCACUGAACUCGUAACUUAAUACCCAUCUGUCACAUGGAGUGAAUUAGGCUUAGCCCAAAUGCAAACCCUUUGGGACUGGAUUCCAUCGAAAUGAUCCUGGUCCAAACAUAAUGCAACCUCUUAGGGGAGGGGUAAGGUUUUGCUACAAACUUCAUUUUAAUAUAUUACUGAGAAAUUUUAAAGCUCUGAAGCACUGGAAAGUAACAACCCAAAAACACUAUGUGUUGUAAUCUUUCUCUAAGACCUUUCUUAUUUUUAAAAAGCUGAUGCUGUUAAAUAUAUUUUGCAGACGAUCAUACUGGCAAUUGAUCCUUCCAAUCAGAGAUUCAAUUCACCCUUAACAGUUUAAAAUUAGAUUUCUUCUCUGUGGAGAACAGGCAUUUUUACACUGAAGUGAAUGAUACACUGGGCGUACGACAAUAUAACCAUGUGUUAGCUCAAUUCACUAUCCAAAGGAGAAAAGAAUAUCAUAUUUUCAUUUUUGAAUUAUUGACAUGACUCUCUCUGACUCUCUGUGAAUAUCUGUGACACUCUGAC